GAGCCCGCGGGGAGGGGGGGACGAGGGCUCCGCUCCGCACCUCGGCGCGGCGGGGCGCGAUGGGGCGGGCGGGCCGCCGGCUGCCCGCGUUAGCGGUGGUCUUCUACGGGGCGCUGGCGGCGCUGGUGCUGCUAGGGGUGCGGGACGUGCUCUUCCUCUACGAGGAGAACCGGUGCAGCAUGACCUACAUGUACGAGUACCCCGAGUAUCUGAAAAUAAAAUUACCUAAGAAAACAGCCAGACGAUACCCAGCAUAUGAGCUCUAUCUCUAUGGGGAAGGGAACUAUGCUGAAGAAAACAAAAAUCUCCUAUUGACAGGAAUUCCAGUUCUCUUUCUUCCUGGGAAUGCUGGCAGCUACAAACAAGUACGUUCUCUUGGCUCCAUUGCACUUAGAAAAGCAGAAGAUGUUGACUUCAAGUAUCAUUUUAAUUUCUUCAGUGUCAACUUUAAUGAGGAGUUGGUUGCAUUGUAUGGUGGUAGUCUGCAACGACAGACCAAGUUUGUGCAUGAAUGCAUAAAAGUAAUUCUUAAGUUGUACAGGGAUCGAGAAUUUGCACCAACCAGUGUUGCAAUAGUAGGUCAUUCCAUGGGUGGUCUUGUUGCAAGAGCAUUGCUUACUCUGAAGAAUUUUAAGCCUGGACUUAUAAACCUCCUCAUUACGCAAGCCACGCCUCAUGUUGCACCUGUAAUGCCUUUAGACAAAUAUCUUACUGAUUUUUAUACAGCUGUAAACAAUCAUUGGAUUCUAAAAGCCCAAGAUUUAAGAAAUUUAACUACCCUUUCUGUGGCGGGAGGAUUCAGAGAUUACCAAGUUCGUUCAGGACUGGCUUUUCUACCAAGAUUGAGUCAACAUGACAGUGCCUUAUCUGUUGUGAGCUCAGCUGUGCCUAGAGCUUGGGCCUCAACAGACCAUCUCUCCAUAGUGUGGUGCAAAGAAUUGAUCCUGGCUACCAUUAGAGCUUUUUUUGAUCUCAUAGAUGAAAAUACAAGGCAGAUAACUGAGGAUCCAAAGAAGAGAAUGUCUGUACUGCAUCACCACUUUGUGAGACACCCUGCAAAGACAUUUGAGGAAAACCCUGAAGCUUUUACGGAACUCACAGGAGCUUUCAUGUGGAUUCCAGUCAAAGCCUCAAAAUGGACUUAUUCAGUUUACAAUGAUUCUGAUGGAAAAUAUUUCACAUUUCCUCUUGCGAGCCACAGAAAAUCAUACAGUCAUGUUUACUGUGAAAACAGUAUGUUGGACACAAGUAGCUGGAUUUAUGGCUGUAUGAACAGUAAUUCAUCAACGUGCCUGGAAGCUACUGAUUUAUCCUGGAGAGCUGAGUUACUUCCAUCCACCAAGGUUGUAAUACUGAAACUUCAGGACUAUACUUCUUUGUCCCACAUUGUCAUUCAGGUACCACCCACAGUUGGCAAUAAGUAUACUUUGGACUGUGAAUUCUUCAAACAGGAUUCCAGAACAGUACAGCUUCCUGUAACACAUCUUUUUUCAUUUGGGCUUUCUUCAAGCAAAAUUCUAUUAAAUUCAACUGGCUUACUUUACAAUGUACAGCUCCAGCACUUUAACCGAAUAUAUCAAGCUUUCAAAAUUUAUAUAGAGAGCCACUGCCAGUCACUCAAAGAAAGAAAACCUAGUGUUUACAGACUUCAUGUACCCUGGUCACAUGAAGACUCAAUAAUUGUAGCAAAAGUUCCGUCUUUUACGGAGAUUUCUGCAAAACUGCAUAUUGCUCAGCCUCAAAAUGACAGCAGGGUUCCAGAGUUAAAUAUUUACUCUUCCUCAGACUGUCAGUAUGAAGUAAUUCUGAAGACGUCAGUUUUACAGGUUCUUGGGCAAAUAAUAAGGUUCCAUGCUAGCGCUCUUCCUGUCUAUGUUGUUUCUAAUAUUUUUCUUACUUAUGGAGGACAAUUGAGCACACUGAUGUCAACAGGCCAAUGUUCAGACUUUCCCCUUGAACUAGUUAGGACAGCUAAACCCUACAAAGUAGAACCUCUUAGAAGCAUUGUUGAGUUUCUGCAGGGGUUUAACUGGUUUAGAGAGAUAUGGGAAUCACUGUCACUACCAGAGAUGGAUGCUGCUGUACUGAGUAGUCAGGAUGCAUGGUUCCCCCUUGUGUCCCUGAUUCUAUUUCUUUUUGGGACAGGCAUUGCCUACUGGAGUGGAGUAUUUUUCUCUACAUCUCUGAGACUCUUCUCUUCAUUAUGGUUAACUCUGAUUAGACCUACUGUAGUUCAGAAAGAUAACAAGUUGAUUACACCCAGAAGACUCUGUGGGGUGUUAUCCCUUGCUGUGGUUAGCUGGACCACUUGCGGUGCAUUUGCUGUAUUCAUUAUUUACCUUCAAUACUUGUUUAAGGUUAUAAAACUACAUGUGAAUAUAAGAGCAGAACAAAACAUGCUUAAUGGGGAUUCAGACUGCUCAAAAGAAACUUCACAGAACUCCAGUAUAUACACAGUCAAAAACCAGAGUUCAAUGGACAGUACCGUAAAAGCAACACAAUCUCUUUCCAACAGUACAACAAUUGCUGAAGCUGUUAACAGUCUUAAGAUGCAUGUUACAAUUCUCAAUUUAUUCACAUGGAUUGUGCUGCUCAACUUGCCAUCUCUAAUUUAUUGGUUAAAAAAUCUCAGGUACAGUGUUAGACUUGAUCCUGAUCCAUGUAGAUCUACAGCUAUUAUCCUCAUAUGCAUUUUAGAAAUUCUCAUGAAUUCAAGUACUUCUGAAGUGAAAUCAAGUAAACUCUUGAAGAUCGCAGCCAAAGUUCCGCUCCCUUUGUCUGUUGCAAUGUUGGCCUUUGGACGAAUGCAUUUAUACAAAGUACCGCACUUUGUAACCCUUUCUCUUCUUCUACAUGUGCUGUGUUGUAUUGUGUAAUGUUCAUUAUACAUAGGAAGAACAGUGCAGCCUAGAAACUUAACACUGGAAAUGGGGCAAAUUUCAACAAGGAAAUGCCUCUAUUAAUAUCAUCAGUAGUUUACAUUAUGUGCGAAAGAGGACAGAACUAUGAAUACUUCAUGAAAAGUUUGUGGUUCUGUUCAUGUUGCUUAGAAAGCUUUUUAUGCUGUUUAUUUCCUGACUCUGAAAAUUAAGUGAAUUAACUAUGUGUGUGUGUAAGCACAUAAAUCAUAUUAGUGUAACAUCUCAAUACUCUGUUUGCCUUGGAGACACUUUGAUAUUUCACUAUACUUCUUUGUUGAAACAGACUUUUUUUUACUCACUAUGCCAUACAGUGUGUAUGUUCUGAACUUGCAUCUCUUGCAGAUCUAAAAUAUGCUGGUUAAAACUCAAUACAUUUCAAGCACACUGUGACUAUCACAAAAAUACACAGCCAAGUAUAGUUUCAAUCAUUUUAUGCUACAUUUAAAAGGUGCCACAGUUGUGUCUAGACAAACUAGAAUGUACUGCUUAUAUAGAACUGUUAUUUCUAUCAAAUCAUUUGUUCAAUCAGUGUGAGUUGAACAUUUGUGAGAUUAUUGAAAGUCUUACACAUUUUACUUUUUCUGAGAGUGAGAAAACAACAAUAUUCUGUGUAGCUUUCUAUUCAGGAAGGAUACCAGCAGAUUCAUAAACAAUUUGCUGUAAUGUUGUUUUAAAACAUUGCCAGUUUUCUCUGGAAUUUUGUCAAUUCUGAAAUUACUCCUUGGACCUUGUCCGUAUGUAGAAGCUAGCAAACAUUGAGGUGUGGUGUGAGUUCACAGUGCAGUUGCUGUACUGCACUGUUUCCAAGUAGACAAGGCAGGGGUUUUUUCCUAUUGUAAAUGGAGAAUCAACUGUCUCAUAAUAAAUGUCCAUAAGUGAAAUUAAUGUGGAAUAGUUACAACACUGUAAAUUCAUGCCCUGCCAUACAGUGCUGACUUCCUUGCGUGGACAACCUCUUCAUAAUAAUGGGACAUACUGACCAUAAUUAUUAGCUCUGUAUACAGUAUUAUCUUAGUGCCUAGAUGCUACAGUGACUGCCAUUUAUAAUAAAGCCUAAAUUAGCUAUGUGUAAGGAAUUCUGUCCCCUGGGUAUGUGUUUUGCCAACAGAAGAAAUCUCAGUAGCCAUUAGGUUAAAAUGAUGUAUUGAUUCUGUGUAGAGAUGAGCCUACUAGCUGUCUCCACUCUGAGAUACCUGUUAUCUUCAUGUGGAAAUACUAGACCAGCUCAAUCGUCUUACAUGACUAAUAAGAGGAAAUCUGCUACCCACACUCAAUCAAGUAUAUUCUUGAUAUAGUAGUACAGCCAGCCUGACCCAUUAAUUUUAUCGUAGCUCAUUAAUCUUGCCUGAAGUGCCUCAGUUAGUUCUAGCGUGUUGUUAGGGUCAAUUCAUUUGCGCUGGCUGGAAAGUCUUAAUUCACACAGUGACUUUCCAAAAUGAAGGGCAAAUGUGAAGUAGGCACCUGUUUUGUCCGCUUAUACACAAGUCAGCUGUUCAAGCUAUCACUAAGUCAUUAAAACUGCUUUAACUGAGUAAGAUUAUUGUAGUUAACCAAACCACUGUCACUGUUAUCAGUAAUCUAUGUGCUGGUACUCUAGUCUUAACCUUUUUUAAAAAAGCUUGGAUUAUACAUAGUGUUUGUAAAUCAGAAAAGUUAUUUGAAUAGAUUAUAUCUUGAUACUUUUUAACCAAAUGUAUGCUACAGUGUGUGUGUGUGUGUGUAUAUAUAUAUAUAUAUAUAAAAAAAAGAUAAUUCAUGUGUCUAAAUAUACUUGUAGCUAAAUCCACCAGUUGGUUUAACCUAAAAAUUGCUGUUCAGACAUAGAAUAUAGUAGUUUUUCUGCUUUCAAAUGGCUAUGAAUGAAAGAUGGUGGCAGAACUGCACUGGGGCUGGUAAAAGGCUGUCUGUGAAAUGUGCAGGAUCUGAUUUCUGUGGAAGAUAAUUUUCCUUGGCCUUCAUGGUUCUUUUGGUUUGCUACUGUAUUUUACUCCUGGUUUUGUUUUGCCAUCUUAAUGGGCUCUUUAAGCAUGAAUCCAUUUGUUGGAGCUGUUGGUAGAAUAAAAUAAUAAUCAGAAUAAGGAGAGCAAACAGUUUCUGCAUGUGUAGUAGUUUUGAUAGCUUCCAAAAUCUGCCACAAUGUGAAACUUCUGAAUUACAGCAGCAUAGAAUAACACCAAUUUUUUCAUUUAAUUAUAUCUUUAAAGCUGAGAAUUGCAUUGAUAGUUAUCACUCUUCAUGAAAUGGGUUACAAAAUCUUGCAUAGAUUCCUACCUGAUUUUCAAGUUGGAGGUAGGCGUAGAUAUAAUCCUGAGUCUGAGAUGCCAGAUGACAGAAUUUAUCACGUCUCCCUCAAUGCUCCUUUUUUUCAGAGAUGAUUUACCUUCACUGGGGAAGGAGGGGAAAUCUUACUGCUACUUUGGAUUUAUAUGCAUUCUGUGUCAUUUGCUAGAUGAAAACUGUUAUCAGAGAUGUGCGUCUGGAUUUUGCAGUGAUUGUGGACUGUGUAACUUCAGCUGUUUGAGUGAUUAGGUGUCUAAUCCUAGUUAGAUUUUCUAUAUAAUCAGUAGAGGGGGGUGGGAUUAGAACAAGUCCAGAGAACAAUUCAUCCUGGUCUAAGAGACAAUGAAUGAUCCUACUUGCCAUUCUGAAAAAGACAAGAUUUUAUAACAGUCUAAAAUUGUUUUUCAGGUAAAAUACAAUGAUUGUUUGUUGUUACUUUCAGAGAAGAGGCUUCUGUUAUGCGAAUUUCUAGUUCUGCCACUGUUCACAAUUAUAAUCUCAGUAGAAAUGUAGUCUAACCCACUACAAAGACUCUUAAUUGUGUGGAUGAGGAAGGGUAAAUAUUACUGAAAUAUCCUUUAUUAUGAGUAGGCUGCAUUUAUAAAACAGCUGUUGGCAAAUAUAUUGUAAUGUCUCUUAGUACCUGUAAAUUAAAAUUCCAGUUUAUUCUUCAAAUUUUAGAUUAUCUAGACUGUGCAGGAGGAGACCAAGACACAAAUUAGCUUGUAAUCAAUUAGGUCUUUGCUCUGUAAGGGAAGAUUUCUAUUAACAUGCAGACCCAAAUUCUGUUGUUCUCUCCUUUUUCAGAAGUUGAGGUAUUAAUUUUGCAAAACCACUGUUCUUCCUCCAUGUGGAUGUUCACCACAUUUAGAUGGAGAUUAUGCCACAUAAUCAAGCAUUUAGGUUGAGAUUAAGCCAUGAUUUUUUGGCUUGUACCUCAGGAUGCAUUCAAAAUAAGAACUAUUUGUGUGGCUAUUUCCUAAUAUUUUUUAAUAAGCUACCAGAAACAGAACAAAAAAAACAGGGUAAGAACCUGGACUACCAAAUGUCACUAAUUUUAGGUACAGCAUACAUGUACAGCUGAAUCUUUGGUAGGGGCAAAGCUUUUAGUGACAUCUCCAUACCCUGAAAUGCUCUUGAAGUCUAUAAUCUUUUCUGGUUGAUCUGAUGAAACAUGUGUUCCUCAUAGUCUUAUCAUGCUGCAAUCAUAGUAGCUACACCUGUAGCUAACAGUUCAUAAGAGGUCUAUAUUUGUCUGGUAAGGAAAAACUGUUACCUCUUAACUGGAAUUACCAAAUGUACACUGAAACCGAAUGAAUGAAUGUUGUCCAAAGGUGGUAUUUUCAGUUUUGAUUUAGAAGUUGGUUGUGGGUAUGUCAUGUUUCAGCAUCCUGUUAAAAGGGAGAUUGGGUUUUUUUGGUUUUGGUUGGGGGUGUUUUUUGUUUGGUUUGUUUUGUUUCAAAAAAAAUUGCAGUAAAUGGAAUGUAAGUUAAUUUUAUUUCUAAUAUUUAGAGUUCCGCUGUGAUUUUGGUUUUGAGUAAGCUGAUAAAUGUAGCAAUUCAUUCAAAAAUAUUAAUUUGCUAAGUUUUAAAACAAACAAAUGAAUAACACAACAAAAUCCUAAACAGUGUAGUAGUAAUAUGCUGCAGAAGACAUAGAGACUGCCUGUAUGUCUAAGUGAACUCUUCAACUAAUUGGGCUACCUUUUAAACUCAGUGUUUAAAAAAAGAAAAUAAAAUGUAUUGAUACUUAAAAAAAACAAAAAGCAUUGUUGCUUAUGUCAGUAUUUGAUACAAAGUCUAAUUUUCCAUGUGUUUGCCAGUAACAAGGUUAUGAACUUGUUACUUGACUUUUUUCUGAAAUCUUAUACAUCUGCUUCUAAGCUUUGUCAGGACAGAAUAAAGUCAAUUAUGUGCCUGUGAAUAAAUGUAAACAUUUGAGAAGCUUU